GGUGUUGGCUGCCAUGUGGACGCCGCAUACUUUUAAGUGGAGGUCGUUCGUUCGAGAGCGGAAUGAUUCGUUGUUAGCUACCAAUGGCGAAGCUGUCACCUCUCACUCUGAUCUUCAUCGCUGCCUGUCUUUCACGCAUACUUCAACUCACAAUCCUCUCUGGCCUCAGCAAGGCUCUGCCUCUGUUCGAUACAUCACCAUCUCUCCUGCUCUCUUCCCCACCACCCGCCUUACGAUGGGAUGCUAUUCAUUUUGCGUCUGUAGCUUACAAUGGGUACGAAUAUGAGCAACAGGUCGCUUUUCAGCCAGGAUGGCUUGCCGUGAUGCGACUGGCGGGCGAGGGUGUGAGGUUUAUAAGGGCAGCAUCAGUCGUAGAACUGAAGGAUGUGAUACUGGGAGGCACAAUCGUGGCUAAUGUUGCCUUCGUGGCUGCGACCUUGGUGCUUUACAAACUGACGAAACACAUCUUCAACCCAACGUUCGCAUUUCUUACAUCCCUACUCUAUCUCCUACCGCCCACGGCCACUCCUUCAGCACCCUAUACAGAACCUAUCUACUCUCUUCUGACAUUCUCAGGCAUCUAUCUUCUGUCUAUCAAGCGACAAAUGGUACUUGCUGGUCUUUGUUUUGCAGGGGCAACCACCAUCAGGUCCACUGGCAUUUUCAACUCAAUCACGCUCAUGUGUUUCGCUGUUUUCGGUGAUGCACACAUAUUCGAUCUCGACCCUAAGGAUUACUGUAAGAUUCGUAAAAAAUUGAAGCCUUUUCUGUCGGCAAUCCUCGUGGUCGCGCCAUUCUUCAUGUUCCAGCAUUACACUGAGACUGUAUUCUGUACGAGAGAAUUGAAGCGGGCAAGUACUGCUCGUCCAUGGUGCAGUAACAGCCCACCAGUGUCUUAUGGUUUCGUUCAAAAGCUGUACUGGAAUGUUGGACCGUUUGAAUAUUGGACAGUGUCUCAACUUCCAAACUUUGCACUGGCAAUGCCUAUCCUUUUUUUCUCCUUGGCCGGCGUCGUCAAGUUCUUCUCCCACUUGGUAUCUUCCUCUCAAGUUCUUAAUCACGGCACUGAAGAAAUCCCACCGCCUCCUAUACUAUUCGAGCUCUAUUCUGUCCAUGUUCUGACCAUGGCGCUGCUGUUAUUCACCAGUCAUACUCAGAUAACCCUACGGGUCUGCCUAGGUGAUCCCGUGGUUUGGUGGAAUGCGGUCAAAUUAGGAUUUGACAAUGUUCAAAUUGGCGAGGCCCCCACGGGGCAAGUCAAGGUGAAUAAGUUUGGAAGAUACUGGAUAGGCUGGACUGUGGUUUGGGGCGCAGUAGCUGCCGUAUUAUGGGCAGGACACUACCCACCUGCAUAGAAGUGUACCAAAAGAAUAGAGAUGCAUAUCAUGUUAUUAUGGGAUCCUUUGAGGUUAUCGCAAGAUCUCGUUGGGAAGAUAAACAUUCAAAGAGAAGGAAGGCAGAAAGAAUAUCACGAUCGUAUUUUGAAGUGCUAAUCAUAGGGAAUAGGUGCUAACUAACAGAUGGCUAUCGGCUUGUGAUGCUUGACAAAUUUAUUAACUCCGCGCUUUUUUUUUACUCCCGAGCUCUCUUAUCCAAAUCUUCCAGUCGUGCAACUUCUUCUUGCCAGUACAGGACACUAUCAGCAGCUCUUCUUCUUUUCAGCCGUUGUUGUUCCUCUUCAUUGCCUCCUGCACCCAGCACGACACUUGCGAUCCUCUGGUGAUCCAGCAGUCUCAAUCCAGUGAUACUUACCGCCUUUCUUGCUCUCGUUUGCAUCUUCUCCUUGAUACCUCCUCGACCCAUAUCAAGAUGUGAUAGCUUGCCAUCCUUCGAGAUGAUGGAUAAAGGUUCCGGAGAUGGCAACAAAGCCAUACAGCGAACUUUAUCGCGAGCGUUUUCGAGGCAAGCUCGAGCAUAAGCAAGCGUACCGGGUGUUAGACCCAGGAUUUUCUCGGCUUUGUCGGCGAGCUUGAAUAUUUCAGUUUCGGGAGUAUCCUGGGUUGAGAUAUGAAGAGGGAAGGGGGGUGGGUGGGAUGGAGUUACAGGGCGAGAAGAGUUCGGCCAUCUCAUCGUACGCGUACUCGUUCUCUCGCUGUUCAGUCUCGUCAACUUUGAAUCGAUUUCUGGCCUGCGAAGAUUGAAUAGCAAAUCGAUCUAUCUUUUUGGUCGACAGAUGGCCAACAGUGGUUUCAGUCAUGAUGGGUAGUAAUGCAGUCAUCUAUGCCCAUUGGGGUUAAGUGGGUCAAACGGUAAGCAAGGAUAUACAGGAGACUAUGCUUACAAAGGAACUCGGACUACUUAUGGGGGGAAUGCCCGCAAGGAUGACUGCAGACUAGGAAAGGAUGGCAAACAGGCAAAGGUGAGUUUAUUGCAGUGUAUUUGGAUGUUUCAAUGGCAGGCGCCGUACAGCUUCUUGGUGGAUUAGGGUGCGCCAUUGUUUAUUGUGUUGUGUUACAGUGUCCAUACGAGGGGCCAGGGUUUCAUCCAGGCUCCAGAGGGUGAACUGCUACUAUUGUUGUCUAGGUUGCAGGCGUUUGGUGACGGUGGUUGAUGAUGUGUGUCUGUCGGAGGAUGACUUUUGUGAUGGACCAUUUAUACGCGCCAGGAACCAGAUCUGGUGCAGAGCUUGUCAAAGAGACGAUGAAUGAAGCUUGUCGUCAAAAGAGAAGGGAUUGAAUCUUCCAGAAAAGUGUAGUCCCUACUAGAGUUCCGAUGGACAUCAUAGCCUAGAUACGUAUGUAUAGAUAUGAUUGAAG